CGAUGACACGAGGUGAGCACAUCAUGUGGAUGGUCCGUUGACAUCCCAAAGGAGUCUGCACCACAACCUCCCCAAGUAGCGCCCGCGUCCCCUCGCCAUUUCCGGACUGAGCCGAUGCACCUUUUGUAGCUCCGUCUCUCCAGGAAGACGGAUGGAAUCCCUCGCAUUCGCAACUCGCAGUAGGAACAGCCCGGCGGCGCUCGAUCAAUUCCCGAUCUGCAAGAGGACGACGAGGGCGAGGGCGAGGGCGACGCAACAGCGAAGGUCCUCCUCCUCGCCAUUCAACUACAGAACCCCAACCCUGGUCCAUCGUUAUCGGCGCCCCAAUUCCUUUGCUCACUCCUCCUCGUUGAUCUUCAGCAAAAGCCCAUUACUCUACCCGCCCUCCGGACCCCUGAUCCUCCGUCCUCUAUGCUGUAGCGCGCACGGCAACGCCGAUCAUGGUGUCCGUAGCCACAGUUACCAUAGUCACCAUGGCCACAGCCACAGCCACGACCACGACCACGACCAUCACCACCACCAUGGGCAUGGUCAUAGUCAUGGCCAUGGAGAAGAUGGGCUUCCGAACGAAGCUCAGAAGGCUGUCCUCCGCUUCGCAAAGGCUGUAGGGUGGGCAGACCUGGCGGAUCUCCUCCGGGAGCACCUGCAGCUGUGCUGCUGCUCCAUGGUGUUGCUCCUCCUUGCUGCUGCCUGCCACUGUUUACUGCCUGGUCGAGCGGGCAAACCAUUGCAGAAUGCCCUUAUCGCAGUCGCUUUCCCUCUCGUUGGGGUUUCGGCUGCACUUGAUGCUAUUGUGAUCAUUGCUUCUGGAAAAGUGAAUAUCCACGUGCUCAUGGCCCUUGCAGCCUUUGCUUCAGUAUUCAUGGGGAACUCAUUAGAAGGUGGCCUGCUUCUUGCAAUGUUUAACCUGGCUCACAUUGCCGAAGAGUAUUUUACCAGCCAAUCAAUGAUUGAUGUCAAGGAACUCAAAGACAACUUUCCAGAUUAUGCACUAUUGUUAGAUGUAAAUGGUGAUGAACCUCCUCAAUUCUCAAAAUUGGAUUAUGCAAAAGUUCCAGUUUGUGAUCUUGAAGUGGGUUCAUAUAUACUGGUCAGGGCCGGUGAGGCCGUUCCGGUAGAUGGAGAAGUUUUUCAAGGGGCAUCAACGAUUACUAUUGAACAUUUAACUGGUGAAACCAAGCCGCUAGAAAGAGGAGUUGGAGAUGCAAUUCCUGGUGGUGCACGGAACUUGGAAGGAAUGAUGGUUGUAAAGGUAACUAAGUCGUGGGAGGAUUCAACACUGAACAAGAUUGUUGAGCUGACAAAAGAAGGUCAACUAAAUAAGCCAAAACUAGAAAGGUGGCUAGAUGAAUUUGGCGAGUACUAUAGCAAGGUUGUUGUUGCCCUAUCUUUGGGAGUCGCUCUUUUGGGACCUUUUAUUUUUAAGUGGCCCUUCAUUGGUAACUCAGUUUCUAGGGGUUCAGUUUAUCGUGCUUUAGGUUUUAUGGUAGCAGCUUCUCCUUGUGCAUUGGCUGUCGCACCCUUAGCAUAUGCUACUGCAAUCAGUGCAUGUGCACGUAAGGGAAUUUUGCUGAAGGGUGGGCAUGUCUUUGAUGCUCUUGCUGCUUGUAAGUCUAUAGCAUUUGAUAAAACUGGAACUCUAACAACAGGGAAGCUUAUGUGUAAGGCAAUUGAGCCGAUUCAUGGCCAUUGGUUUGGGGAGAGCAAAUCUGAUGUCUCUUUGUGUUGUAUGCCAAAUUGUGAAAGUGAAGCUUUAGCUGUUGCUGCGGCAAUGGAAAAAGGAACUACCCAUCCUAUUGGGAGAGCUCUUGUUGAUCAUAGUCUCGGGAAAGACCUUCCAGACAUUUUUAUUAAGAGUUUUGAGUGUCUACCUGGUAGAGGUCUUUUUGCAACACUUACUGGCAUCAAGUCAGGAACAUGGCAAGAUGAUAUUUCAAAAGCUUCACUUGGUUCUGUUGAAUACAUUGCCUCUUUGUGUAAAUCUAUGGAUGAAUCUGAAAAGAUAAAAGAAGCAGCAAGGACAUCUGCCCAUGGAAGUGAUUUUGUGCAAGCUGCUCUUUCUAUCAAUAAGAAGGUAACACUCUUUCAUUUUGAAGAUGAACCACGACCUGGUGUUGUAGAAGUCAUAUCCACCUUAAAAGAUAAAGCAAGGCUUCGUAUAAUGAUGCUAACUGGUGAUCAUGAGUUGAGCGCAAUGAGAAUUGCUAAAAUUGUGGGUAUUGAUGAAGUUUAUUGCUGCUUGAAGCCCGAAGAAAAGCUCAAUCGAGUUAAAACCACUUCUAGAGAUAGAGGUGGAGGUUUGAUAAUGGUAGGAGAUGGUAUUAAUGAUGCACCUGCCCUUGCUGCUGCUACUGUGGGUAUUGUGCUAGCUCAACGUGCAAGUGCAACAGCAACAGCUGUAGCAGAUGUGCUGUUACUUCAAGAUAACAUUACUGGAGUUCCAUUUUGUAUAGCUAAAGCUCGUCAAACGACUUCUUUGGUGAAGCAAAGUGUUGCACUUGCUUUAUCUUGCAUUGUUUUUGCUUCGCUUCCUUCAGUGUUUGGCUAUCUUCCUCUUUGGCUGACGGUACUUCUUCAUGAAGGUGGGACGCUCCUUGUCUGUCUUAACUCGGUUCGUGCCCUCAACAACCCAACAUGGUCCUGGAAAGAGGAUCUUCGGCAAGCACUGUAUCAACUAAAAAAGGUUUUAGUCGAUCUUACAAAAUGGAGGCCGUCCUGGAACAGUACUAUUCAACCAUCGGCCGUGUAAAAUCUGUAGAAUGAGUGUCUCUAGAAUUAAAUUGGAGAGCAAGUUUUCAUAGUUUUUGGCAUAUAAUCUGUCAUCCUUACGGUGUCCACCAUAUCGUGGAACUCGUUGGCAUCCUUCAAUGUAAUAGCUUAAAAGCCCUGUGCCUUGUCAUCUCCAACAACAAGGACAAUCUUCGCAUCUGUGAAUUGACUUUUUACUGCCCAAUUCUUAAUGAACUAGACGUGUGUUACAAAUA